GCAAUUUUAAAUAAGUUUCUCAGUGACAAUGAAGGUUUUUCUCUGCUUUUUCACUCUCUUCGCUGCUGUCGCUCUUGCGCAAAACAGCCAGCAAUGCAAGGAAAUGGAAGAGAGAGACUGUUCAGGGAACUCACCAGUUUGCUGUACUUACGAUGAUGGUACUUACAGAACAUUCACAAAUGAGUGCGAAUAUAUAAAAUACAAUUGCGCCCAUAAUCUCACCUGCGCUUCUUUGGCUGGCCCCAACGUGACAUGUGACGAAGUGCCAAUUGACUGUACUGAAGCGGUUGAGUGUCCUGAUCUUGGUCCUAAAGCAGAAGUUUGCUGUGAAUAUGAAUCUAGUUCGUGGGAUUUUAUUUACGGUUGCUACGACAGCCUUUGUGAUGCUAAAAAGGCUCAGUGCGAAGGAAAAAAACGUUGCUUCCAUUUGACCAAUGGUCCUUGCUAGGCUACACCAUGCAAGAGAGCAGCAGCAAUUUCGCCAACACAACAAGUUUUGUGCAUUGACGUCAUUAUAAAGUGAACGCAAUU